AUGUACAACUUCCAGAAUACCACAUCUUCUUCCAUAAUUUUCCUGCUAACUGGUGUUCCCGGGCUGGAAGACUUUCACACCUGGAUCUCCAUUCCCUUCUGCUUUCUCUAUAUAACUGCCCUCUUAGGAAACAGUCUGAUUCUCUCUGCCAUUGUCACUCAGCCCAGCCUCCACGAACCCAUGUAUUAUUUCCUCUCCAUGCUGUCUACCACUGACCUCGGCUUGUCUAUAUCCACGCUGGUCACCAUGUUGGGUAUAUUCUGGUUCAAUGCCAGAGAGAUCAACUUUAAUGCCUGCUUAUCACAGAUGUUCUUUAUUAAACUUUUCACUGUCAUGGAAUCCUCAGUAUUGUUGGCCAUGGCUUUUGAUCGCUUUGUGGCCAUUUCUAAGCCUCUCAGGUAUGCCACCAUUUUAACUGAUUCCAGAAUAGCUCAAAUUGGAGUGGUAAUUGUCAUCAGGGGGACACUAAUGCUGACACCAAUGGUAGCCCUUCUUAAAAGACUGUCCUUCUGCCGCAGCCACGUUCUCCACCACUCCUACUGCUUCCACCCUGAUGUGAUGAAGCUCUCCUGCACAGACACCAGGAUCAAUAGUGCAGUUGGGUUGACUGCCAUGAUCUCUACUGUUGGUGUGGACUCUAUCCUCAUCCUCCUUUCUUAUGUUUUCAUUAUUAAGACUGUCCUCAGCAUUGCAUCCCCAGAAGAGAGGAAGAAAGCCUUCAGCACAUGCAUCUCCCAUAUUGGGGCUGUUGCUAUUUUCUAUAUUCCACUGAUUAGUUUAUCCUUUGUUCACAGAUUUGGGAAACAGGCCCCACCCUAUGUACAUACUAUGAUUGCUAACACCUACCUGCUGAUCCCCCCUGUCAUGAACCCCAUUAUCUACAGUGUGAAGACCAGACAGAUACGUAGGGCUGUAAUAAAAAUCCUCCAUUCCAAAGACACAUAG